CCCUCACCGCACCUCACCCUUGGGGCGCGAGCGAGCUGGCGUUGCUGCGCCCACGUCGCCGUCUCGCGGCUAUAUACACCUGCACGCAUCGCUACCGACACCGCCGCACGCACGCAAAGCACCAAGAACCUUAGAAUCCAUUCGCCGACGCCGGCCGCCGAAAUGGCCGCCGCCGCCGCCGCGGGCGCCGUGACCGUGGCCGCCUGCGCGACCGCCGUUCUGGCCCUCAUCACGACGUCGUCGUCGAACGACGACGAGGCGCGGAGCGGCGCCACGGUGGCGCCGGAGGUGGAGGCGGUUUCUUCGCCGGCCCCGCCGCGCGAGUGCGCGGUGUGCCUGUCCGAGCUGCCGACGGCUGGAGCGGAGGAGGAGGGGCGCUCGGGCCCCGAGCCGGCGGCGGUGCGGGCGCUGCCGGCGUGCGGCCACGCGUUCCACGCCGACUGCAUCGGCAGGUGGCUGCCGCUGCGCCCGGAGUGCCCGCUCUGCCGCCGCCCCGUGCUGCUCGGCGACGGGCAGCGGCAGGCCGUGGCGGCGUCGUCGGCCACGCCGGCGCCUCCGUGGGCGCGACCGACGAGGGGGAUAGCCUGCGGCUUCGGUGACGGCAGGGUGGUGUGGACGCGCAGCCCAUCCGCCAGGCAGUAGCAGCAAAACAGUCUGAUUGGGCUUUGGGAUUAAUUUCGGGAAAUUUGUUUGUGGUUUAUUUGCAAAUUCGGGUUUAAUUAAAUCUGUUCUACCACAAAAUUGUAACUAGGCUGAUCGCCACAAGGAAUGAGGAAAUGAAACACCUCCAACUUAGCGUAUGCAUUUGUUAGCUGGUGGCUGAGGCCCGUGAGUGUAAACUUUUGCAGGAUCUUCUUUUCAUUUGUUCUAAUCUCUGGCCAGGCUAAAACCUUCCCCCACGUACCCUACUCUAGACAGGCCAAAAGUGGCCCACAACCAUCUUGUUUUUCUAUUUUCUUCAUUCUUUUUAUUUCAUCGCCCAAGUGUAAAGUAAGACUUUGCCCAGUUAGGAGCAGCUAUGUAUGGGGAAUAUGCCGACCACAUUCUUCA